UAUAACGGAAGUGACGUAUAACAAUGUGCGCCUUGUAGCGGGUUAGAAGAGUUAAUAUUUAACAACAUGAAGAGAUAAAGACCUUCUUCUCUUGCAAACUACAAAAGUAAACAAAAAGUAGACUUUGAACUGCUUUCAAAAGAAGACACAAUGGCCGCCAUGCGAGCCGCCAAACAAGCGCUGAGAAAAGAAAUAAAACGACGAGUUGCUUCACUUAGUGGACAGGAGAAACUCAGACAGUCUUCGGUUCUCUCCCAAAAACUCUUCAGGCACCCAAAGUAUGUGGCGAGUCAGCGUAUCGCAGUGUUCCUCAGCAUGGACGAUGAAGUGCGCACUGAGGAAAUCAUCAGCGACGUGUUUGAAGCAGGGAAAAUAUGUUUCAUCCCCAGAUAUGAGCAUGGCAGCAACCACAUGGACAUGUUGAGGCUGAAUGGCGUGCAGGACAUGAAAACCCUUCCUGUGACAUCCUGGAACAUCCAACAGCCUGACCGACAUGACCACAGUAGAGAAGAAGCCCUGGCUACAGGAGGUCUGGACCUCAUCUUAAUGCCAGGUCUGGGCUUUGACUUGUCUGGGAAGCGGCUGGGCAGAGGAAAGGGAUUCUAUGACACUUAUCUAGAGCGCUGCAUUCGACACCCCAAAGGGAAACCCUACACGAUCGCCUUAGCCUUUAAAGAACAGCUGUGUCAGAACAUCCCCGUGGAUGACAACGAUGUGCUCAUAGAUGAAGUCUUGUAUGAAGAUGAUCAGUAACCACCUACAAUAUUUUUUUUCUUUCCAUCUUUGACAUCCAACGCAUUCACGUUCGACGCAAGCCAAAGCAAAUGAUGGAUGGCUGCCAAACAGCAGGUGAUGUGUGCUGGACUUGGUGUGCCUGACACAAAACUUUGCACAGUUCAUGACUGUCAAACACAUUCACUUUUUUAAAAGAAGGCCACUUGUGACAUCUGACUCGCUUCGCUGUCUUUGACGUUAUUACAGCACAUACUUGGACUGCAGUUUUCUCCUUGGAGGCGGAGCCUCGAUUGUCUCUCAUAAAGGUACCGCACGUAUUUAGUGAAUUGUCAAAUUUGCAUAAUUGGCAAUGAGGCAUUUGAAAAAAGCGAGUAAAAGACAUGAAAAGCAAAUCAAAUGUGUUUGGAAAUAAAAUGAUCCGUGGCUGCUUUUGUUGUUUUUUUGUCACAAUUUUAAGUUUUUGUGCAUAGCCACAAUAUACUCUUUUUCACAUCAAAGUUCAGAUUUGUCAGGAGUGAAAUAAAUGUAGAAAAUGUGGUGCUAA